AGAGCUUCAAGAGAGAGAGAGAGAGAGAGAGAGAAAUCCUCUUAUCGCGAAGAGUAGUAAUUCUCAGAGGGAUAUUUCUGUUUUUUUUUUUUUUGGAUUUUCCGAAGUCCGAAGACACGAAGAUCUGAAGAUAAUUGUUCUUUUUUUUUUUUUUGGUCAAGGCCUGAGGGAAUUGGGGCUGUUUUCUGUUUUGCUUUGAUCUAUAGUUCUAUAAUUUAUAAUACUGGGUUUUGAGUCUCGUGCCGUGUCGUGAAGGAGAUUUGGAGUCUCUAGGGUUUCGUUUCAGUGUUCUUUCGGGGAGAUUUCUUUGAGAUUCUCCUUUUUGGGUUUCUGAAUCUUGGGUGUUGGAGGGGAGGGGGUUAUGGUGGUUAAGAUGAUGAAAUGGCGGCCAUGGCCGCCUGUAUUGUCGAAGAAAUUUGAGGUUAAGCUAGUCAUGCGAAGGCUUGAAGGGCUUCUUUCUAUGGUUAUGGUGGAUGGAGAGAAGCUGGUGGCUGAGGUACCGAGGUUACUGGUGGAGAUCAAAUGGAAAGGUACAAAGAACGCUUUGAGUUCUCUGAGGCGGACGGUUAAGAGGAACUUUACCAAGGAAGAGGAUGUGCAUAGCGAUGGUGUUGUUCAUUGGAAUGAGGAGUUUCUUACCGUCUGUAACCUUACUGCUUACAAAGACAACGUCAUCCACCCCUGGGAGGUCUCAUUCACCGUCAUCAAUGAGUUCUAUGAGAUUUUUUAUGUCACCAAUACGGAAAUUCCUCCUGUUGAUUUUAUAUGGAUGGGGAAGGAGAAUCUAUCAACGAAACAAGGGGUAAGGUGCUCGAAGCAAGGGCAAAAGAAUAAGGUUCCUGUUGUUGGAACAGCAACUUUAAACCUUGCAGAAUUUGCUUCUGCAGGUGAAGAGAAAGAGAUUGAAAUUGAUAUCCCUCUUGUUCAGCCUGGUGGUGGUGCUGAACCUCAUCCCAUUAUCUGUAUAUCUCUUAGUUUAUUGGAAUUAAGAAUCACUCAAGAACCUGGCGAGAUGAUGCAGAGAUCAAUAGUUCCUGUUCCAUUAUCACCCCCACCUGGAGAAACUCUCUUAACGGAGAAAGAUGAAGUUUCUGCCCUUAAAGCAGGUCUGCGUAGAGUAAAAAUACUUAAAGAAUAUGUGUCUUCCCGAAGGGCAAAGAAGGCAGGCCAUGAGGAAGAGGGCAGCGAGGGCAGAUGCUCGGCAAGAAGUGAGGAUGGUGACUGCGUAUACCCUUUUGACACGGACUCACUUGAUGAUUAUGAUGGAGGAGAACUGGAGGACGAUAGGUUAAAUUCUAGUUUCAGGAAAUCAUUCAGUUAUGGCACAUUGGCCUACACAAACUGUGUCGGAGGAUCAUUUUACUCUGAGAUGAGAAUCAGUGGAGAGAACGAGGACUGGAUUUACUAUAGCAAUCGCAAAUCUGAUGUGGGAUUGUUGAAAAUGGAGGAAUCAAUGGCAUCAGCCUCUCAGCAGUCUCUACAGCAGAGUUCAAAGAGGAGCAUCUUGCCGUGGAGGAAAAGGAAAUUGAGCUUCAGAUCUCCUAAAUCAAAGGGGGAACCACUUUUAAAGAAAGCCUAUGCAGAAGAAGGUGGGGAUGAUAUUGAUUUUGAUCGUCGUCAGCUUAGCUCUUCUGAUGAGUCCAGUCAAGGGUGGCGUAAAGUGGAUGAGGAUUCAAUUGCAAAUAGAUCAUCAGUGUCUGAAUUUGGGGAUGACAAUUUUGCUGUGGGGAGCUGGGAGCGUAAGGAAGUAAUAAGCCGUGAUGGGCACAUGAAGCUUUGCUCUCAAGUUUUCUAUGCUUCGAUUGAUCAAAGAAAUGAGCGUGCUGCAGGAGAAAGUGCAUGCACAGCACUGGUUGCUGUUAUCGCUGACUGGUUCCAGAACAACCGAGAUGAUAUGCCUAUCAAGUCCCAGUUUGACAGCCUGAUUAGAGAAGGUUCAUUAGAGUGGAGAAACCUUUGUGAGAAUGAGACCUACAGGGAGCGAUUUCCUGACAAGCACUUUGAUCUUGAGACAGUCCUCCAGGCCAAGAUCCGGCCUCUGUCUGUUGCCCCUCAGAAGUCCUUCAUAGGAUUCUUCCAUCCAGAUGGCAUGGAAGAGGGUGGUUUUGACUUCCUGCAUGGUGCUAUGUCCUUCGACAACAUUUGGGAUGAGAUCAGCUAUGCUGGAUCAAAUUGUCCCAGCAAUGAUGACCCCCAGGUGUACAUUGUCAGCUGGAAUGACCAUUUUUUUGUCCUCAAGGUUGAACCAGAGGCUUACUACAUCAUUGACACAUUAGGGGAAAGGCUCUUUGAGGGGUGCAAUCAGGCCUACAUUUUAAGAUUCGACAAAGACACAGCAAUCCACAGGUUGCCAAAGGAGGCACAGUCGGAGGGCAAAUCUGCUGGGGAUCAUCAGAAGGUAACAGCAGCUGAAUCUGCAAAUCGGCUGUUCCGGCAGAGCAACAACACCAAGGAAACUUCAGCUGCCGGGCCAAUAGUUUUGAAGCCGGAUGAGGAGUUGAAAAAGAGUGAGGGAGAAGAGGAGGUGGUGUGCAGUGGGAAGGAAUCGUGCAAGGAAUACAUCAAGAACUUUUUGGCUGCGAUUCCUCUAAGGGAAUUGCAACUAGAUAUCAAGAAGGGACUGAUGGCAUCGACUCCUCUUCAUCACCGACUACAGAUUGAAUUUCACUACACUGAGUUUCUACAGCCGACUGCUGGACUGGAACAGGAACAGGAACUGGAACUGGAACCCAAACCUGAAUCUGAACCCAGGACAUCACCAGCAGGAGCAGAAGCAGAAGCCGUAGCCGCCUGAAUGACAUUGGCAGUAGGAUAGUAGUAGUAAUGCCUCUUUAGAGGGGGGUGGUGUACAGAUUGUAGGAAUUGUGAUUAUUCUAACUUUUGACAACUCUCUUGUGGAAAUGUAGGGUAGGUUUGAGUCUUGAAGAAGUAAAUAGGUUUGAGAAUAGAAGAGGCCAUUUACAUUUUGAGUGCUUUCCUUUUCUGUGCCAAGCAGGGAAUCGGAGCAUCUUCAUUUAACUUUCUUUUUUUUUGUGUGUUUUGAGUUUGAGACCUGUGUCAAUUUUAUUUCUUGUAUGGGUUGGGGGUCUUGGUGGUUUUGGGUUUGGGACUUUGGGUUUGGUUGGUGUCCAUUUUUGAAGUUAUUUAUUGUUAACUGUUGAUUCUCCUCUAUUAACUUUCCAUCUGUAACUACGGAUAUUGAUUAAAGUCUUUCUUUUUCCAACUCUUUUGUGGUUGGUUUAGCAAUUAAUACAUGACUGUCUUGAAA